UCCGUACAGACAGCAACCAUAGUCGGGAUCGAACCCGGGUCACCGGCGCUGUGAGGCAGCAGCUCUACCCGCUGCACCGCCCUCUGAUCAAAGUAAAAUAACUAAUCAGUAACAUCACUUAGUCAUUUAUAGCUGGGGUAUUUGCCCGAUAACUAGAUUAUUGGGGCUAAUUGUUUGGUGGUGGGAACUAAUUUUAAACUUCAGUAGCUAGUUAAACUAGAGUAACUAGUUAUUAAAGGUUAGUUGUUAACUGAACAAACUGCUCCGUAAUCGAUGGGAGUUUGUUGUCAAUGUAGGGCAACUAGGGGUCAUACGUGCAACUAACCGAUUACCCCGGUAAAUAGUUGACUAAGCAAGCUGCAGUAACGGAUUGAAAACUAGCUGUUGGUCAGGGGGUUGUCCACUAACUCGUAACUGGAGAGUGACCAGCCUUUAACUCAGCGGUUCAGGCAGCAUCCCUGGAGUAAAGGAACAGGUGACGUUUCGGGUCGAGACCCUUCUUCACACCCCAUUUUGGAAGUCUUUCAUGAGCUUGGUUUGGACGUGGCAGAGAGUGAUCGGUCACUGGUUGAAGGGACAGAGUUACCUGGUGGUUUCGGAGAGCCGUCGGGGAGGGGGGAGUGAUCCUGUCACAAGGGGUGUCCUGACUACAUGGUUCUGAGGGACACUGGGUUACAGCCGCCCUGCAGCAGUCAGGACAAGAAGACAUGCCGAUUUGGUGGAGGCCGCCCAGGAAAGAUGGCUGGCAGCUGACGCAGACGGAAACGCAGGCCGGGAAGAAUCGAGUGAAGGAAGUUUGCCAGAAGUUCCAGAUUCUGGGAGACCAAACAGUCGCGCACGUCUUACAGGAACAGGAAGUCGAGGAGCACCUGGCUGGCAACAAGCAGAAGGCCCGGCAGGACCAGCAGAGCCUGAAGGUGGCCCUGACUCUGCAGGAGCAGGAGGAUGCACACAGCUGCGAUCCCGACACACCCAGCAAGGAGAUGGAGAUGGCGUCUGGACCUUCGGGGGAGACAGUGCUGUGGGCCGGGGAGAAUGAGGAGCCGGCAGGACGGAGAGACGAAGUCUUCAUACUGUGUGAUCGGCCCCGAUCUCGCCACCCGUUUGUUGCGCGACCCUCCCCGUGCGAGGAGCCGGGCGGAGCGGAUGGCGACCAGCGCCCAGCCCCGGGACCACCUCGGUACCAGACCCCCACCUCCGCGCUGGCCCCCCGCCACCCUCGCCAACGCGGGGAGCCCGUCUGGAGGCCGCGGGGCGUCGCCGAGCGGCGCGGAGUCCGGCCCGCCGUCACCGACAGAGACCGGGGCGAGGGGGGCUCCCGGGACGGCCCCAGGGAGCGCCGCUCUGAUCGGAACGCCGCCUCGGACUCGGAGGCUCGGCCGAGGCGCCGCCGGCAGCAGAGACGGGGACCCAGGGACGGGGGGCGGGCGAUGUCGGAGGUGGGACGACGGCCCCGGCACGGUAAAGACCGGAAUCACCAGCGCACGGCGGCGGAGAUGGACACCGGCUCCAGCCGGCACCUCCUCACCGUCGACCCCCGGAGCGAAAACCUCCAUCACUCCCCUCUCAACCCUCCUGAGGGGCCACGGCAGGAUAGGUGGAAGGAUGCGAAUGGCCCUCGCCCAUUGGCUACGGAAGAGAAGAACGCCCAACGCUCAUUGGAUGAGCAGAAGCAUCCCCAUCACCGAUUGGCCGCCAAUGAGAAGCAGGUCCGUCACCCAUUGGUCAAUGGGAAGCACGGCCAACACCCAUUGGCUGUUGAGAGACAAGUCCAUCGCCCAAUGGCUGAUCAGAGAAACGUCCAUCACCCAUUGGCUAAUGAGAAGCAGGACCGUCAGCCAUUGGCCAAUGGGAAGCACGGCAAUCACCCAUUGGCCGUUGAGAGACAAGUGCGUUACCCAAUGGCUGAUCAGAGAAACAUCCAUCACCCAUUGGCUGUUGAGAGACAAGUCCGUUACCCAAUGGCUGAUCAGAGAAAGGUCCAUCACCCAUUGGCUGUUGAGGGACAAGUCCAUCGCCCAUUGGCUAGUGGGAAGCAGGUCCGUCAGCCAUUGGCUGCUGACCAGAAGCGUGUCCAUUGGCCGCAGGCGGUUGGCUGGAACCAAGAUGGCCGCCCGUUGCCCGGCAACCCCGCGGCAGCUUGGGUCCCUGCAGCAGGCGGACGCGGACAUCCUCUCCGUCCGGGGGCCGCGGCAGUGGACGGUGGUGGCCCCCCCACGCGCGGCAAGGCCCGGGUCAAGCAGGUCCACUUCCGGCUGUCCCCCCCUCCAGCCUCCGGCCAAAACCCAUCGGCCAACCAGACAACCCAACCGCCAUUGGACACAAGGGCCGAGCAAGCCAGGCUCCCAUUGGCCAGCCGUCCGAAGCGGGUCCACUUCCCAUUGGACAAGGAGAGCGACGGCCAGCGGCCAUUGGCCUUCGACCACCCCCCGGCCCAAUUGGCCACGUCGGCCGGGCCACCGAACGCCAUCCAAUACGAGCUGGGCAGCAAGGAGGCGGAGGCCAUCAUCGACUAUGUGGCGGUCAAGCGGAGCGAGGGGGGGGCUUUGUCCUGGUCCCCGAAGCCCCCCCCCAGCUCACCAGCUCAUCGCCACUCGCCGCAGGCAGCAGAGGGCCGACGGCAGCCCGCGAGGGGGCCCGCUAGCAGGAGCAACGAUGGGCCGAACGGCGCGGUGGACAGACCCCGGGCAGAGAAGACAGCGGCGGUGAGCAGGCACAAGGUGCUGGGGGGCGGAGGGGUGGCCGCGAGCAGCCCCCGGCGGGAGGGGCCCCUGGACCCCCGGAGACGGGACGGUGCGGCCAGGAGGGACGGCCCCCACAGACGGGCACAGUCGGCAGACCCGGAUCACCAGCGGGCACAAGAUGACAGGUGGGACCCGGCAGCCGACAAGGGAAGGGGCCCAGAAAACGGCCUCACCGCCAACCCCUGGUGCAGCGAUCACACGCUCAAGGCCAUGCAAGCAGUCGAACUGCGGAAAGCUCAACUGCGAAAGGCAAGGACAGCUGGCCGACACCUUCAGCUAGCCCAGGACGAGGAGUUUGCUCUGAAUCUGCUGAGGGGGGAGAUGAUGGCGCUGAGCGUCCAGGAGCGGGAGAUGGACCGGGAACGUCGGGAUUCCAGGCCGGAGUGGGACCGGGAUCGGAAUCGCCAGGAUUCCGAGCGUUCCAUGGAGAUGCCAGACGGGAAGAAGCGGGAGGCGGUCCGGAGCGACAGCCCCCCCUCCUCUGUGAAUGUUGACUGGGCUGACGAUGGGCAGAUGUCGAGGCCGGCGUACUUCUGAACCAAUGUCCGAGCGAGCGAGCGAGGGAGAGAGAGAGAGCACUGGGACCCUGCGGACAGCGAUCCCUCACCGCGCCGGUGUGUGAGAGCGAUGGAGAGUUGCAACCACAACGCGCGUCCCUGUGAAUCCACGGCCCCCUCUACUGGGGCAAGGAAGCGCUGCAGCUGGGAAGGUGCAGGCAGCGACUUUAUCAAUAACCCAUGCAGAGUCUUAUUUAACUUGUUGAAAGUUAUUUAUUUUUGGUAUAACCGAGUUUCUGUACAUAACGAGAGGCUGUAUAUUUUUGUUCCAUCAGAAUAAAUUGAUGUAUUCUUCUA